AUGACGUCCCAUCUCGCUACUUCGAAAUCAUCCACUCCUCCGGUGAUCAUACCUGCCCUGCCGCUAAGCAGCAAUAGGGCUCGUACACCAGCAACCACAAACCAGAACCGCUCUCCACCAGGAGAGAUGGACGGCUCGAACGAGGAUUCAAACGCUGGCAAGCCGGAAAAGGGCGGAGAGAAAGUUGCUAAAACGGACUCUUCUGGAGUGCUUGAAUGUCAGAAACCAAUCGAACCACGCCCUGACGACGACGUCUUUGGUGCUUCCACUGCUAGUGAACCCGCAAAAGACCUCGCUGCCGCUAUCCAAAACCCUGUCGCUCGGCGAAUCACAAGCAAUCUUCGAAUUCCAUUGGGCUACAAUGGCUUUGCCCCUCGUCCUGAUCGUGUCGCGCAGCUUCCAAAUGCUGCAAAUGCUCAGGGUCUCUAUUCACCAGAUGCUCUGAUCUUCGUUGCGAAUCUCUCAAAUCGACGUACCGAAGACCAACUAGCUCUCUCCUGUCAUCAAGUUUUCGACUGCUUCGGCCCAUGUCACAUCAAGGUUCGCCUUGACAAGAAUCGUCAUCCUUUCGCAUUCGUCCAAUUCGAGGCACGGAUACAGAUACAGAGAAUUGAGGACGCGCACAACGCAGUCAAUGGCGCAUCCAGCCUCGCUAUCGAUGGACGAAAGAUCAGAAUCGAGCGCGCUAAAGCAGAACGAGCUGUCAUCCUCAGCAAAUCGGACGGCAGCGCCAUUACUGAAGUCGAAGCUCGCGAGUUGCUAGAGCGAUAUGGUCCUAUUGAGCAUUGUGCUUCUACCGAUAUCGUCACUCACGACAAAUACAACGUCCACAAGAGCAUAUAUGUCAAAUUUGCCUACUAUCUCGACUGUCGUGACGCUUUGCGCGGCUUCCCCAACCAUACUCUUGGAUACUCUCUUCAUAUGGCUCCUUCUCUCGAACCACGUCUCCACCCUGGCCCCAAUAAUAACUCUCCUGUCAUCCGUGGCUUCCCUACACCUCGAUCUGCUGCAGACCAAAAGUCUAUUUUCGUGGGAAAUCUGCCAGAUGAUACCACUCGUCAAGAAUUGGAAGAGCUUUUCAUGGAAUUUGGCACUAUCGUUCAGAUUAAUAUCAUCAAGAAGACCUUUGGAGCUAACGGUGCUAACAUCUUCAGCUUCAUCGAAUUUAGCAAUCCCCAAGAGGCAGACUGUGCUUCCAAUGCCGAACGCAUUGUUCGUGGCAGCAAGCUUCGUGUCGAGCCAAAGGAGUACUCAGCUCGUCGCCCCCGACACACCGCAUUCGCUCCAACUACUCCUGUCCAUCAGACUACCACCCGUAACUUUGUCGAUACACGCUGUUCGGCUCCUCGCAUGAACCACAAUCCACCAAACAUGUAUGCGAUGCAGCAAAUGACCACUCCACCGAGCGUGUAUGGCCAAGGCUUUUCAAUGCAAGCUUACCCACCUCAUCACGUAGCUUCCAUCGCUACACCGCCCACCUUUUCUGUCAUGAACCGUAUGGCUUCAAUGGGAAUGUUCUCGCCGACUCCGGCUCAAACUAUGCAUCCUUACGGUCUGCCUGCUGCUCCCCGAUACGCUUCACCAAUGUACGGAGGCUACCGUAUGAUGGGCCCUAUUCAAGAGACCGGUAAGGAGGGGUUCUGA